GUACAACAAGAUGGCGAACCCCACAUCUUAGAUGGUUCUCUUGUACGGAAACGGGGCGGCUCGCUUUGUUUAUCUUUCCCCAGAGCUCCUCUAAGAAACGACCCAAUUUCCGGCUUGAGGAUGGCGGCGGCGGUGCGGCGCUCUUUGGUGCAAUACGUGGUGCUGAGGGGCGACUUGUUACGCGAGCCUUUCUCGUGGCCGUUGGGAGCCUCGGUGGCUCAGGCCUGCCACGCGGCCUUGGCCGUGGUCCACGCGUACUACGAGCAUCCAGACACCGCGGAUUAUCUAGCCCAGGAUGGCAGCAUGAGGACCGUGGUGCUGGAGGCUCCAGAUGAGUGUGCCUUGAGUACAUUAGCAGAGAGACUGCAACAGAAUGGCAUUGAUCAUAAAGUCUGGAUAGAACAACCAGAAAACAUAGCUACUUGCAUUGCCCUCCGUCCCUACCAGAAGGAGCACGUACAUCAUCAUCUAAAGAAUUUCAAACUGUUGAAAUGAUCUUUUUCCUCUGCAGCCUUGAACAUAGUUGGUUUUUUUUCACAGGUUCUCUUUGCAAUAUACUAGGACCAUCGUGAGAUGCAAGAAUUUACUUCAGAGUAUUUCAUAAAUGUACUAAAAAUAAUGGAUUCAUAUUAGGAGGCAAGGCAUCCCAUGGUAUGGCAUAAGAUAACUUUCUCAAUUUAAGGUGAAAGUUUGGAUGCCUUAAUAUUAUUAGGAGGGGAUUCAGGGUAUUAAACCACCCAGAGUUGCUUUAUUGGUGAGAUGGUUGGCAUAUAAAUUUAAUAAAUAAUUGUUCCUCGGAUUUCAUUGCUUAUUCAGAUAUAUUUAUAUUAGGAAAUAAUAUUUGGGGUAGCAAAAUAUUCUAGUUUCUUUUAUCUGCACUAAUAAUAUAGUGGUAGUUCAUAGAUGCAGAAAGAACCCUUCUGAGCUUUUAGAAACCUUUUGACAAAAUCUCACUAAAACAUCAAAUUCAUGAAUAAAGAUGGGUCCUCUUAUGAACACUCUGUUACAUGUGUUAAAAAAUAGCUUCAAUAAUUUUGAGAUCUGCAUUUUUAAAUUUAUUUACAAAUAUAGUUAGGGAGCCGCAAUAACAUCAGGAUGAUAGAAAUGAAUUUCAAAGCGCUCCAAAGAGACAUCUCAUAGGUGAAUGUGAACAGAAUGUUAAGUAUGAUUCAAUUUAGUAAGGUAUGAUACUGUAGAAGUGUGCUAUGCACUACAGGUGAGCAAUGGGAUAUCCAGAAUAAGCAGAAGAAAGAAUUCCUUUGCCUGAAAUAUAGUAAAAGCAUGGAAUUUUUGUCUUCAACUUCAAUCUAAUUUUGAAAA